AUGUCUUUUACAUACCCAGGCCUCGAGGGUCUUCCUGCCGAGAUUCAACUCAGCAUAUUCUCUCAACUCCCAAAUCACAAUCUCGCCCAGCUGGCUCGUACUUCCAAGCACCUCAGCAACAUUGUCAUCCCCCUGAUUUGGACCGAUGUUGAAUUCCAUGCUGUUGGAUUCCAUGAAUCCUCCUCUGAACUCAACGUUCCUCCUCCUUUUCGCAGUCCCAGCGGUCGGAAAUGCCAUCCAGAAUCGGGAUGGAACCAUGGCGACUUGAAAGCAGAGGCUUUCUUCAACACUCUGCAGACUCUGCACGCGGAAAAUCCGGCCCGCCUGGAGCACGUUGCAAAGCGAAUCAAGCACAUGUGCACCGUUGUUGACCCCUGUUGGUUGCCAAGGACUCGAGAUUAUGUAGAAAUCUACCCGGACGCUAUUCGAGUCUGGGAGCUUUUCCCUUACAUGACCGGUCUUGAGACUCUGGAAAUCUACGCGAGAGAGUUUCAGUACCUUGAUCAGACAGACGGAGAAGACCCAGUGGAGCAGAUCAAAGGUCCUACACCUCGACUUCGUUUUGUAAGGCUUUCAGGUUAUGUGCCCAGAACUCUGCCUGCAUGGGUAUUCAAGGCCGGUGAUACUCUUGAGCGUUUGGAGCUUGGUAUGUUGGAUCGUCCGAUUUCCACGUCCAAUACCUCACAUCCCGACUACUCACCUCUUCCCCACGAAAAGAUUCAGAAGGAAAUCGACUAUGAGGAUAGUGAGCCAGAUUCCGACGACGAUGAGUCAGACUGGGGCAGUCUGAGGGGUGAGGCUGUUAUCCCACGUCCUUUAGGAGGAUAUCUAUCAUCCUAUCAAGACAGAGGUUUAAGUCUGCCCAAACUCACACAUCUCCGCCUCUCUCAACCCGCAGAGUCAGACUACGAAGACAGCUGUAACGAGUACACUUGGUCUACACGUGCUGAGAAAGCCUGCCACAGUGACUGGCGUCAGAUCCUCCAAGCAUCCCUACCCACGCUCAAAACACUCGUCCUCGAGCAGCGUCCUGCAGCAGACUACAUCGAGAAUGACGGCAUAGCCGAGUCGGAAUGGAUGGAAGAUAAGACUACGGCAGCAGCUAGCGAAAACCUGCUCAACAUGGUCCGAACGGUCUUGGAGGAAGACAGAAGCCAGGGAUCCCUACAGAGCGUGUACUUGUAUGGCAUUUACGUCGGAGAGCUGGACGAAGAGGAAGGGCUGCCUGAUCCGACGGGACCUUUGGGUCAGUUCAUGCAGUUUUUGAGAGGUUGUGGUGCUGAGUGUGAGGCUAGGCUUGGACAGUGGUGUUUCUUUGAUAAAAGCCCCGGUGUGGCGAUGUGGGAUGCUGAAUGUGAGACUGGAUAUGAAGAUGACGACGAAGGCACGAAGUGGGACGAGGUAUUAUGCAUUGUCUAA